UGGAGAACUCUUGAUUCAAAACAAACAAUGACUAAAAAGGUUCACAAACAAGUAGAGGGUUUGGUAAGAGAGUGGUUAUAUAAACACAUAUACACACAUUAAACCAUCCACCACCCACAAAAAAGAAAAGCUUAGUUAUAUCUGAAGCAUUCCAGCUAGCCUAGCUAAGCUUUCAACAAUGGCCACCCUUCUGAAAGGUUUCUACUAUAGCAACCUCAUUGUAAUGAUGAUGGCUGUUUGCUCCCUUGCACAUCCCGGUCUUUCUCCAUUCUUCUACGGCUUCUCGUGCCCGCAAGUUAACCACAUUGUCAUGUCUGUCUUAGAGAGAGUGAUUAUCGAAGACCCGAGGAUGGCUGCCUCUUUGCUCAGGCUUCACUUCCAUGACUGCUUUGUCCAGGGGUGUGAUGCAUCGAUAUUGCUCGACAAGACGUCGACGAUGGCUAGCGAGAAAGACGCUGCACCUAACAAGAACUCCAUUAGAGGAUUUGAAGUGAUUGAUGAGAUCAAAGCUAAGCUGGAGCAAGUAUGUCCUCACACAGUUUCUUGUGCAGACAUUCUUGCUCUUGUUGCCCGGGAUUCCACUCUUAUUAGUGGGGGACCUUAUUGGGAAGUGCCUUUAGGAAGGAGGGACUCAAAAACAGCUAGCUUCCAGAAAGCUAUUGCUAAUAUUCCCGCGCCUAACUCCACCAUCCAAAACCUCAUAACACUCUUCAACCGCCAAGGCCUUAACGAACAAGAUCUCGUGGCUCUUUCAGGCGGGCACACCAUCGGAGUGGCGAGAUGUGUUACAUUCAGGCAAAGGUUGUACAACCUAAAUGGUGAGAAGCAAUCAGAUCCAACUCUUGAGAAGACAUAUUACAACAACCUCAAAGUAUCAUGCCCAAGAACUGGCGGAGAUAACAACAUUUCUCCACUGGAUGUCACUUCUCCUCUCAAGUUUGAUAACUCCUACUUCCAACUGCUGCUCUCACGCAAAGGGCUUCUCAUCUCUGAUGAAGCCCUUCUUACUGGGAAUGUGAAGAAGUCAGUUGACUUGGUCAAAGCCUAUGCCAAUGAUGAGGCACUAUUCUUCCACCACUUUGCCAAUUCUAUGGGUAAAAUGGGAAACAUCAAUCCUCUCAUUGGUCUCAAGGGUGAAAUCAGACACAACUGUCAUCAUGUCAACUGAACAGGAUGGUGUGAUUGUUUGUGUAAGGGAACAUUUGGGCUCUAUAUGUGGAUUUAACUAACAACUUUUAUUAUGUAUGAUAUUGUGGGCUAUCAUUUGGUAAUUAAAAUUCUUAGUUAUUAUGACUACUUUAUGUUUUGUGCGAAAUUGCAAUAUCCACAAUGUCUAAACACAAAUUGGCUAAACAUCAUUAAGAG